GAUAUUAUUGAAGUGAGUUCUGCUAGCUGCUCCUACAUUCUCAAACCAAGUCGAUCAUUCUUAGCCUAGUACGUCGCUAGAUCGCUCUUAUGGCUCAGACAACUCCGAAUCACAUACAGACCGUUUCUGGGUGGGCAGCUCAUGAUUCCUCCGGCAAGAUUACUCCUUUCAUCUUCAAACGAAGAGAAAACGGGAUCAACGAUGUUACGAUAAAGAUAUUGUACUGUGGCAUAUGCCACACUGAUCUUCACCAAGCUAGGAAUGACUGGGGUAUCACCAUGUAUCCUAUUGUCCCUGGUCAUGAGAUUACUGGGUUGGUCAUGAAAGUUGGGAGCAACGUCAAGAACUUCUCGGUCGGAGAUAGAGUCGGUGUCGGGUGCUUGGCGGCGACGUGUUUGGAGUGUGAUUUCUGCAAGGAAUCCCAGGAGAACUACUGCGAGGACCUUCAGUUUACCUACAAUGGCGUCUUCUGGGAUGGUAGUAUUACCUACGGUGGAUACUCCAAAAUGUUGGUCGCCGAUCAUAGGUACGUGGUGCGCAUACCAGAAAACCUACCGAUGGAUUCUGCAGCGCCGUUAUUGUGCGCCGGAGUGACAGUGUUCACCCCCUUCAGAGACCACGACCUACACAAAACACCGGGAAAGAAGAUCGGCGUCGUCGGCCUCGGAGGUCUCGGACACGUCGCGGUGAAAUUCGGAAAGGCCUUUGGUCAUCACGUCACCGUCAUCAGCACAUCUCCUUCCAAAGAGGAAGAGGCCAAAGGUCACUUGGGUGCAGACGAUUUCAUAGUCAGCACUGAUGAGCAACAAAUGCAGAGAGGAAAGAGGAGCCUGGACUUCAUACUAAACACGGUGUCAGCUAAGCACUGUCUCGGACCACUGUUAGAGUUGCUCAAAGUGAACGGGACCAUGGUGGUUGUGGGUGCACCUGACCAGCCUUUUACCUUGCCUUCAUUCCCUCUGAUAUUUGGGAAGAGAGCAGUGAAGGGCAGUGUGAUCGGAGGGAUGGAGGAGACGAGGGAGAUGAUGGAACUUUGCGGCAAACACAACAUUACAUGCGACAUUGAGCUUACAACGCCGGACAAGAUCAACCAAGCCUUCGAACGCGUCGCGAAGAAUGACGUUAGGUAUCGCUUUGUUAUCGACAUUGCCAGUUCCCCAGCUGUUGUUGUUGAUGAUGAUCAAAUCUAUUCCAGUCUUUAGAGUAGUUACCUAAAUGCCUCGUUUGGUUCGUGGAAAGUAACAAUCAGGAAAUGAAAGUUGUUCAUUUCCUGCGUUUGGAAAUGUCGAAGGAAAAUAAAUACUUUCCUAAAGGCUGGGAAAAUGUGAGGAAAAGUUGUUCUUUCCAAAAAUUCAUAGGAUUCACUUUGCUAUCUUUUUUCUUUGUAUUUAUUACUCACAAUAUAUUAUUUUAAUUAAUAACUUUCCGGAUGAUUUUUCUUGUGUUAUCAAACAUCGGAACGGAAAAUCAUCGAAAAAUUUCAUUUCUCUUCCCGUGGGAAAGACAAAUGAACUAUUUUCAUUUCCGUGAACCAAACAAAGCCAAAAUGGCUGCCGUCUUUGUACCAUAUAUUGUAAUCACCAUCUUAAUUAAUUAUUAGCUAUGUGAUUUGAGUUAAUUAAUUAAGGGUUAGGGGGGUCUUUGUUGUUUAGUUUGGUCAAGUCGUCAAGAUGGCUGUGGAGAAACUUUAGGAGUCAAGAAUCAUGGUUGCCACUUUUGUAAACCUCAGUUUAUACUUGUCAAUUUGUGUUGAAUGAGUCAAGUUGUUUGGUUGAAG